AGUUACAAAGGAUUUACAGGAAUUAAUUGAAUAUGAAGUAAAUUAUGAAUAAAAAAAAUCGAAAAGUUUAUUGAAAAAUAAUUUUAUUUCCAUUUUAGCAUUUCAUUUAGAAUCAAGCAAAAUUACCCAACCAACCAAAAAAUUGUUAAAUGUUUAUCCAUGUAAUUGUAUUAAUAUUUUAUCAAUCAGCCAAUUAUAAGAGAAACAAUUAUGAAAUAGAGCUAAUGAAAAAAAUACUUUUCGUCCCAUUUUCAGGAGAAUCAUCUUAAUUAAAGCAAAUAAAUAUUGACGUGUUCUCUCAUAUAAUUGUCUUCACAAAGCAUCAUGGCAAAAUGUUGGAACCAAUUUUAUUGAAGCAUAUGUGUAGCUUUUCAGUAACGCAUUAAUGAGGGACUGACUCACAUACUCCAAGCAUUCACUGUACGACAAUGCCGUAUUCACUGUACUACAAUACUGUGUCGCUUCAGUGUCUGCCACUCUUCAAUGUUGUUUGGGUGUACUUGGCACCCUCAAAGCUAACACAAAACGGAUCAAGGAGACUGCAUUUUAAGCAGGUUAGUUAAUAGAGGACAUUAGGGGUGUGAGCGAGUGAGGUAGGUCAGUUUGCUCUUGCGUGGUGGAGCCUGUUAAUGUGAUUGGCCGCCUCGCAACUUGCAGCUUCCAUCAACGAAGAAUGACUUCUCUCCCUCAGGUAGCUCAUCAGGAAUCUGAUCACGAGUGCCUGGUUUUCAUUGGAACAUCAAUCCAGGAGCCUGUGUGAGCUGGUAGAGCGUGAAACGGCGCCCACCAGUGUAUAUUUAAUUCAUUCAAUUGCAAAACCUGCAUAUCAAGUUGAACGUUCCAAGGGAAGGAGAAAUGAAAAUUCUGUACAGUGAAACCUCCAAUUUCAUACACAAUCUGUUCUGUGAUGCUGUUUGUCUUCCAACCAUCCAUCCAUUUUCUGAGCUACUUAUCCUCACGAGUGCUGGAGCCAAUCCCAGAUGUACACAGUAAAUUGGUUCCAAGCCAAUCGCAGGGCACAUGGCAAAAGACAACUGCCAAACCUAGGGGCAAUUUAGAGAGCAUAUUUUGCGGAUGUGGGAGGAAACUGAAGUGCCCGGAGAAAACCCGCGCAGGCACGUGGAGAACAUUCAAACGUCACAGAGGCGCGACUGGGAUUUGAACCCCGGUCCUCAGAACUGUGAGGCCAACGAUCAAACCAGAUGUCCCACCGUUCCGCCUGUUUGUCUUCCAUUAUACUUUAAAUUGUAAACCAAGGAAUUGAAUGAUACACAUUCUUGCCGGAGGUGCAAGGCUAACCACACCCAGGACUGGUCAUCAGUCACAAGGCACAUCAACACAGACAAACAUUCACACCCAUACGCUUCAGCUCUGAGUGGAAAAUGAACCCAUUCCACCUCAAAGGUAGUCAGCUAAAUGAAUAACAGACACUGCGCCAAUAGUUUCAAAAGAGUAAUUGAAGUGAUCAAAUGCAAAAGCAGACAUUCCCAAUCUUUUGUGAAUUUAGUAAAAAUCACCUUUUUGUCCCCUGGUAUUCAAGUUAAAGCUAAUAAUUAAUAAUAAUAAAGCUAAUAAUUUGUAUUUAAGGUAUCUGUGUUUAAUAUAAAUGAGGCAAUUUAAGAGGGUAAUUUUGAAAAAAAAAUCACAUUAAAAAGUCUUUUAAAGAUCGCUAUGAUGUGAAUUCAUUUCAAAUCUAGACAACUCCAACAAAAUAGACAGAUGAGUGUAGUAGAACUACAGUCAUUCCAAAGAAAGUCAUCAUCUUCACUGGUGCAAUCCUCAAAGGAGCUAGAUUAUUCCAGAUGUCCUGAGUUUCGCUCAGAAUUUCUAUGUAGAAUGGAACAAAUCACUCCGUCACUUUAAAACACCACAGACUAUGAGUGAUUUGUGCAAGUGUGUGUUGCUACUUCCGCAAGACCGAAAAGUAGACCUGCAAUGUUCUUAGUCAUAAACCGGCUUUGCAACAUUCAGUGCAAACCAGUUUUCAAGGCUCACCUCCUCCCAGAAAUAUCACAACGGCAGUUGACUUGAUACGCCUUUCAGACAUACACUUGAUUGUGCAUCGAUGUUUUGCACCUUGCUCCGGUCCCUGCGGUGACGCAGAUCGAUGGGACUAUGAGGAGGAAUCCUUUCGAUGGUCGAGAUUAGAGAGCAAGUUGUGUUUGUGUGAAGUGGAGGGCAUCACUCAUGGAUUAUCCAGAUGUGUCUCCUGGACAGUGCAGGAGCUUCAAGAAAAACGAUUUUGAGACAGACUGGACUAAAGUGGCAGAAGGCAAAUUUGGCCAAGUAUACCAAGUCAAGAUUAAAUUGUGGCGGGAAACAUGUGCCCUGAAAGUCUUGGACACAAACGUGGGAAAUGGCAGCCUUUACAGGAACCUAAUGAAGGAGGUGUCCAACAUAGCAAAAGUGAAAUUCAAGUAUAUUGUGUCGGUCUAUGGACUGUGCGAUGAUGUGCCUGCCAUUGUAAUGGAGUUCAUGAGCAAUGGAUCGCUGGGAAAUCUCCUAAAUAGUCACAAUCUAAUGUGGCCCAAAAAAUUCCAGAUGAUUCACGAGGUCUCCAUGGGCAUGAACUUUCUCCACAGCCUGCGACCCCCGCUCCUCCAUCUUAACCUGAAGCCAUCUAACAUUCUACUGGAUGACCAUCUUCAUGUCAAGAUUUCAGACUUUGGUUUGUUUCGCUGGGAAGAUGGGAAAAAUAAGAAGUUGUUCAUGGAGCAUCUGACAGCAAGAGGGAACAUAAACUACAUUCCUCCUGAGAUCUUCUCUCAUUACUGCGAUUCACCUGGACUUUCCUUCGAUGUUUAUAGUUUUGGAAUUGUAAUCUGGGAGGUUCUGACUCAACGGAAACCUCACGCAGGGUGCAGCAUGACCACCGUGCUCUUAAAUGUGUCACAUGGCAGGAGACCCAGCGUGGACCUCAUACCUGAGCAGAGGCCACAUGAGUGCGAUCAGAUGAUCAGCAUCAUGAAGCAGUGCUGGGAUCAGGAGCAAAAUAAGAGGCCGCCCUUCUCAGAAACUGUGAAGAAAACGGAGGCCUUGAGUGAAGUUUUGAAGAUCCCAGGACCGAUUGACUGUAACAACAGCAGCGCAAACCGGCACAGUUUGGAAUCUCGAAGUCACGUUUUUCCCACCUACCAAAUUUCUUCCCCUUUGUUGCCUGACCUUCCUGCAGAUGAACAAUGCAGCAAGGACAGCGUGCUCUCUUUCCUAUUGAAGAAGGACUUCGGUAGUUUCCGAUUGUCGGUGAAACGGGAGCACAUCAGCACGCAGUUCAACGGUAAAAGGAGCCUCUUGCAUUACACAGUGGCCAGCGGGGAUGCAAAGAGCGUGGCGCACGUCCUGACUCUGGGUGCUGAAGUCAACUGUGUGAUGGCCCAGGGGUACACACCUUUGAUUGUGGCAGUCCUAAACAGGCAUCACGAUAUCAUGGCUUUGCUGCUGGAGCAUGGUGCCAAUCCCGUUCAGGGAGAUGAGGACCACUGGACACCCAUUCACUUUGCAGCUCAGAACGGUGAUGACAGGGCCGUACGACUGCUUUUGGACAACGGAGCCGUCGCGGAUCCCCGUGAAAAGUUAGGAUGGAUGCCCUUGCACCUGGCUUGCCAGAACGGCCACGAACCGGUUGUCCGCCUGCUGCUAACGCGGCUGUCGAUCACGGUGAUAGGGGAAGGGGAGGAGGUGCAAAAGAGGACACCGCUUCACCUGGCUGCUGCUUACGGACACACCAGUAUUACUAAAUUGCUUCUUUCUCAAGGAGCAGAUCUCAACGCUACUGAUGGCUCCCUGUCCACUCCACUUCACUUGUCAGCCGAGGCAGGGCAUAACAGAAUUGUACGACAGUUGGUGAAGAGCGGGGCUGUGGUCGAUGGUGCAGACAAAAGAGGACACACUCCACUUCACCUCGCGGCUCUUAAUGGCCACAAUGGCAUAUGCAGGCAAUUACUGUCAAAUGGGGCCGACCCGGAUACAAGGACCCACCAGGGCUGGACUGCCAUGCACUUGGCUGCCAUAAAGCGACAUGAAACCACCAUGGAGGAACUAAAAGUUCUGGGUGCUAGCGUCAACGCUCCUGGAGAGAACAAUUGGACUCCACUGCAUCUUGCCUGUCACCAGAGCGAGGCCGAAAUGGUGGCCAAGCUCCUGGCCGCCCAAGCCGACCCGAAUGUGACUGAGGACAGCGAACAGUGGACGCCGUUACACGUUGCCUGUGCCAGCCUCAGCUUCCCAAGUGUCCUGCACUUGAUUUCUCAUCACGCAGACGUGAAUGCUGUGAGUGCAGAAAAAGCGACACCUUUACAUCUUGCUGCCCUGCAUGGCAACAUCCCCAUUGUUAAGGCACUCCUGCUCAAUGGAGCAGAUAGAGCACUGCAAGACUCUUCCGGAUCGACACCUGUUGACGUGGCAAAGAUGCACGGAAAAUAUGAAAUAGUCGAAUUACUAGAGCAAUGAUACCCAUUUUUAUUCUGUUUUGUUUUUUAACCUAUUCUGUUCAACUUCCUAGUUAUGCAGUAUGAGCAGAUCUGUAUGCCUUUUCAUCCUCAAACAGUUUCACUGUACAAGGGAAAUGUUAGAUAUACUCCGUUUUUAUUUGUAAUAAAAUGCAUAUUUAUUGGAAAUACAGUGGGACGGAACGAAGCUAUAUACAGUAUAUCAUCAUCAUCGAUGUGUGUGUGUGUGUGUGUGUGUGUGUGUGUAUACGCAUUAGGGCAGCAUAGUGACACGACUGGUUAGACCAUCUGUGUCACAGUUUUGAGGACCGGGGUUUAAAUCCUGGCCCUGCCUGUAUGGAGUUUGCAUGUUCUCCCCAUGACUGCGUGGGUUUCCUCCCACAUUCCAAAAACUUGCCUUAAUCUGAGGCUCUAAAUUGCCCCUAGAUGGGAUUUUGGGUGCGACUGUUGUCCGUCUCUAUGUGCCCUGUGAUUGAUUUGCAACCAGUUCAGGGUGUACCCCACCUCCUGCCCAAUAACUGCUGGGAUGGGCUCCAUCACUCCCAUGACCCAAGUGAGGAUAAGCAGCUCAGAAAAUGGAUGGAUGGAUAUAGGUAUUUGGCCUUGCAAGAUCAGCCUGAUCACUAAUUAGUAAGUUUAAAAAAAAUUAAUAACCGGUCUGAUCUCAAGAUGGAGCAAUGAUUUAAAUGACCUCAUUUACUGUACAUACUUGUGCACUUAAAUGUUUAAAAACUAUAUACAUGCAAUAAGCAAUGUAUUUUUGUUAAUCUAUUUAUGCCAUUGAGGCAUGGUGACAGACCAAACAAAUUAAUGUUCUUUAUUUGAUGGCAGGAAGUACAUACAGCAAUUAAUGUAUCUACUUUUUGUGACAUUUUUUUUGUUUCAAUUGUAAAGUAUGUGCCUUGGCUAGAAAAAGGUUGGAAUUCACUGCUCUAGUUAGUUAGUGGUAAACAGAACGACACAGUUUACACACAAAUACGAGCUCUAGCACUAGCUUGCCAGGCUUCGUGACAUUUUGUUGAUGGCUUGCCUGUAUGUCCUAAUACAAGUACGUGAACAUACCUCAUGCAUGCCUUACAUGAACAUGUCCUGUCCUGAGGACUGGUGACCACCAACGCACGUCCAACGUCCCCACCCACACAUUUUCUUCUUAUAAUACAAUAGGAGCGAUCCACUCAUGUUGUAAUGACUGUAUCCUGUUGCAUUUGAGUUGACCAGAUUAAAGCCCACUGAUAAUAAAAUAUGGGAUGCGGUGGUUGAGAUACAUACACAUUAUAUAUAUAAAGGGCAGCAUGGUGGUACAACUGGUUAGAGCGUUGGCCUCAAAGUUCUGAAGACUGGGGUUCAAAUCGAGGCCCCACCUGUGGGGAGUUUGCAUGUUCUCCCCAUGCCUGCAUGUGUUUUCUCCGGGCACUCCAGUUCCCUCCCACAUCACAAAAAAAGCAUGCAUUAUUUGGAGACUCUAAAUUUCCACUAAGUGUGAUUGUGAGUGUGACGGUUGUCUUUCUCCAUCUGCCUCUACGAUUGGCUGCCAACCAGUUCAGGGUGUACCCCGCCUCUAGCAGAUGACAGCUGGGAUUGGCACUAGGACUCCCAUGACCCUUGUGAGGAUAAGCAGCUCAGAAAAUAGAUGGGUGUGUGCGUGCGUGUGUGUGUAUAAGAAGCGCAACACAGUAAAUGUCCAACAUCUCUGCUAAGUUAAAUUUAAAAGCUCGUAGUAUUUAUGAGUGUCAUACUAUGUUUUUAAUGGACAAUACUCAGCUGGAACUAUAUUCCAGAAGACCCAUUUAUUAAAACAUCAUGUGAAAAAAAUGAAGUGAGUUGAACAAGUUCAAUCCUGGAUCGCUAUUACUUGCCACACUAUGAAUCUUUUUUUAUGGAACUUUCCAAAUUAAAAGUGCACUGCUAGAUUGUGACACGGUCAAAAGUGAUGCUGAAAGAUAGCGCCACUGAUUAAGUCUGUCCAUGCAG